AUGGCGCUAGCAAUCGCGGCCAAGUCCGGAAACCUGAAGGGCACAUAUCAGCGUGCCCUGAAGGAGAUGGCCGUCACCAUCCGAGAGGCCAAAGAAGAGAUGGCGGCACGGACUGCCGACAGCGAAACGAAGAGGCUGCAGGAGCUCUGCAGGAGGCAGAAGGCCGAGAUCCUGCACCUCAAGAACGCGAUCGCCGACAUGAGGUCGGAGAUGACGCGCCUGGCCCAGGCCGUGGGAUCGCCGGCAGCCGUCACCGCCCUCACCCCGAUCCAACAGAGCGACGACGAGGAGGAGCGACGCCUUCAGAGAAUAAUGCGUGCGGUCGGCACCAUGCUGGAUGCGCGCCUCUCUGGGCUGGAAGCGCGACUGUCUCCAGAGCCCAGGUUGAGACCGACCCUGGCCGCGGACCAAAGGCGGAGCCGCGAGAAGGAGAGGAUGCUGACACCACCACCACCGGUAGCGGCACCUAUGCCAACGCCCGCACCAACAGCUGCAGUCGCGACGGCGGCACCCAACGGCGGCGGCCCGCAGAAGAAAAAGAAAGCGCUGAAAAGUAGACAACAGCCGGCUCUCCCUGAACCACGGACAUUCCCCCCCGCCCCAGCUGCUCUGACGGAAGCCUGGACGACGGUAGCCCGAAGAGGCGCCAAGCCGAGGCCGGCAACGGCGACCGGCACCGUGCCCGCUCCACCCCCCUUGAAAGAGAAAAAGGAACGGCUCCGGCCACCACGCUCGCAGGCGGUCAUUGUCAAGCUCCAGCCGGAGGCCGUCGAGCGCGGGUUCACCUAUCGGUCAGUCCUCGCCGAGGCCAGGGCUAUAAUCGAUCCGGCAGAGCUGGGGAUGCCUAUCCAGCGGAUACGCUUUGCGGUGACAGGAGCAAAGGUAUUGGUCGUAGACUGCGCUGACCAGAACGAGAAAGCCGAUUUGCUGGCGAAGAAACUACGGGAGGUUUUGCCCUCGGACAGCAUUGUCGUCUCGAGGCCGACAAUAACGGCCGCUGUCAGACUGAGCGGCCUCGACGAAUCUAUAUCCCGGGAAGAGCUUGUUGCCGAAGUCGCCAGGAUUGGAGAGUGCCUCCCCGACACUGUGAAGGUUGGGGAAAUAAAAAUGGGCCCCGGAGGCACUGGCCAGGUCUUGGUCAGAUGCCCCAUAGCGGGCAUCAAAAAAAUAUUGGCCGUCGACAAGCUGCGGAUCGGGUGGAGCGUCCUUCGCGCACAACUCCUCGAGGCGAGGCGCCUGCAGUGCUACCGCUGCCACGCACUGGGCCACGUGAGUGCCCGCUGCCCAUCGUCGGUGGACCGCAGUGGUGAGUGCUACCGCUGCGGCCAGACCGGCCACAAGUCCGCGGGCUGCGCGCUCACCCUGCACUGUACAAUCUGCGCCGGCGCCGGUAGGCCUUCAGCGCACGUCUCCGGGGGCAAGGCUUGCGCCAAGCCCCCGAAACAAAGGCAACAGAGGAGCAGCGCCGCCGAAGAGAAACGGCGGAGUCAGCCCGGUACGGCUACGGCGACACCAAUGGACGACGAACAAUGA